AAAAUUUGUCAAUCUCACUCCUCACCUAAGUCAGACAAGUAUAUGCUCGGUUAUCUGAAGGAAUUUUUGGUUUAUGUAUUAUUGAUGCGGGGGCGAAAAUAAACUUCGCGUCGGAUUCUAGCUCAUUCUUCUAUGGCUAUUUUUAGUUAUCAAUGUUUUCAUUUUUAGGUUAAGGUCACCACUUGAACUCAACUAUGCCUCGAAAAGUUAACUAUGGAGUUGAUUAUGAUGAUGACUACGAUGAAUAUGACUAUGGAUAUGAAGUAGAAGACAAUGAGGAAACGCCUCCCGAACAAGAAACAAUCAAACGCAGUGUGUGGCGUUGCGCUGUAUGUACCUAUGAUAAUGAUGAAACCAUGUCAUCAUGUGAUAUUUGUGGAGUUCUUCGUGGUCCUUUGCUCAAAAACUUAACCUAUGAUGAGAAGAGAGCAGGCUUUAAUUCACUUGCAGCCAACAUUUUUUACUUAAAAUCUUCCAGAGUUCACUCAAUUGUGGUUGGGGAGGAUGAGGCAGUUAAAGUAAGUUCUAAAAGGUUAGAUAGUUCAGAUGUGUCAACAGCAAAAGACAAGCACAAUAGACUGGAUGAGAUUACUUUUAAUAUGCAAUCUAGUGGGAAAAGCUUACUAUCAUUGAUGCCAAAAGAAAGAAAUGUUAUGGUGGCUAAUAGCAGCUCUUCAAGGAAUGGAGGUAAGGCACAUGAUCUUGCCAGUAAUCUGAAGAACAUUUCUUUUUCUGCUGAAUCUGGGCACUCCAAUGAUACAAACCCUGGAAGAGCAAAUUCAUAUGCACAGUAUAAACCUGAAAAGUGGAUGCUUCCAGGAAAAACAGAACAUUCACUGGCUCAACUAAAUCUCGCAAUUGUUGGGCAUGUUGAUUCUGGAAAAUCAACCCUCUCUGGUAGAUUGCUUCACCUUUUGGGACGAAUAUCCCAAAAAGAUAUGCAAAAAUAUGAAAAAGAAUCCAAAUUGCAGGGAAAAGGAUCCUUUGCUUAUGCUUGGGCAUUAGAUGAGAGUGCUGAAGAAAGGGAAAGGGGAAUUACUAUGACAGUGGCUGUAGCUUAUUUUGAUUCAAAAAUAUAUCAUGUCGUUGUCCUUGACUCCCCAGGACACAAAGAUUUUGUUCCAAACAUGAUAACUGGGGCAACACAAGCUGAUGCUGCAAUUCUUGUAAUAGAUGCUUCUAUUGGGUCAUUUGAAGCUGGUAUGGAUGGCACAAAGGGACAGACUAGGGAGCAUGCACAACUCAUCCGAAGUUUUGGCGUUGAUCAGCUUAUAGUUGCUGUAAACAAAAUGGAUGUUGUAGACUAUUCUAAGGAUCGGUUUGAUUUGAUAAUAUUGCAGCUUGGGACAUUUCUCCGCUCUUGUGGUUUUAAGGAUUCCUCUGUCUCAUGGAUUCCACUGAGCGCUGCCAAAAAUCAGAAUUUGGUGUCUGCACCUUCGGAUUUCCGUCUGUCCUGGUAUCAUGGACCCAAUCUAUUAGAUACGAUUGAUUCCUUCCAACCUCCUCCUAGAGAUUUUUCGAAGCCUCUACUUAUGCCUAUAUGUGAUGUUAUAAAAUCAUCUUCACAGGGGCAGGUGUCUGCAUGUGGCAAGUUGGAGGCUGGAGCUUUAAGAAGUGGAUCAAAGGUUUUAGUUAUGCCAUCAGCAAUUAUAGCAACUGUGCGUUCCUUGGAGCGUGAUUCCCAGCCUUGUACGAUUGGAAGAGCUGGGGAUAAUGUUGCUGUCAGCCUGCAUGGAGUAGAUGCAAAUCAUGUGUUGGCUGGUGGUGUUUUAUGCCAUCCUGAUUUUCCAGUUGCAUUUGCUAAACAUUUGGAGUUGAAGGUGCUUGUUUUGGAUGUCGCAACCCCAAUUUUAAUCGGUUCUCAGUUGGAGUUUCAUAUACACCAUGCAAAGGAGUCUGCUAGAGUUGCAAGGAUAUCGUCUUUACUUGAUUCAAAGACCGGGAAAGUUGCAAAGAAAGCACCCCGCUGCAUUGUUGCUAAGCAGAGUGCAGUUGUUGAGGUGACUUUGCAUGAAGCGGUUUGUGUGGAAGAGUUUUCGAAAUGCAAAGCCCUUGGAAGGGUGUUUCUUAGGACAUUGGGAAGAACAGUUGCUGUGGGCAUAGUGACCCGAAUAGUUGAGGUGUAGUAAUAGUUUCCUGUCUGUUGGAGGGGAGUUUUUUUUUAGUAUUUAAGAUCCAAGUGAACAAUGGACAUUUUCUUUUAUGCGGUUCAUCUAAUAUGUAUUCCAUGUAUAGACAAUUUGG